AAAGGUCAUGGUCAAGUUACAUUUAUUUUAAUAUUAUAGUCGUUUAGUAUUCUGUUCAAGUGUUGCGCCUGUUGAGUGGGCGGAGUUUAAUCGGAAGUCUCGCGAGUUUGGUGAAAAUAGCGUGAGAUCAGAUAUACGGCAAUGGAGAAAAAGAAGGAAGAAAUGCGGUCCAUGUUAGUAUUGUAAAUUCAUGCGGCAAGUUGGAUUAAAGCCAUCAAGCUAUAGAUUGAUAAUAUAGCUCUCAGCUGGUGAGCAGUUUGGCAUUUCAGAUGUGAUGGGCGGCCGAUGUUGUGUGAUCGCUUCAGAAGUUGCUGGAAUUAUAUGGUGAAUAUCAGCGCGUGCGUCAUUGCAGAACAACCACACGUUUAUCCACGUUUGGCCAGCGGACUUUAAUCACACAAACCCAACACACACACUGAAUAUCGCAGCACACGAAGCUACCGGCCUCACUGUUAUCACCACAUCAUAUUAACCCUAUCAGUAUCAAACAAAGAUCCCUACUAACAUACCGUUUGUUCAAGUUCCAAAUGUGAUGACAUCACGUCUGAGGAUCGACGUCUGAAGAUAUCUGUGCCUUCCUUUCAUUAAGUGGACAUUCUCUGGAAACCUGGGACUUGUUGGGACUGAGUAUUCUCAAUAACACAUUUCACUGCCUUAAAUCAACAUUAUUGUAUCUUUUUAUUUAAAGAACAUUGUUGUUUUAUUGUUUUGGUUAUUUUGCGUAGGCCUACGCUGUUUUAUUGUGUCAUUUACAUUGUGUUAACAUUGUGAGAAAAUAAUUCAUUUUUUCAUUAAUACAUUGAGUUAAUUGGACACAUGACUCUGGCUUCUUUAAUCCUUUCCUAGUUACUGGACAUUAUUUGUGUAAAUAGUACUCUAAGGUGAUUUAGAACCGUAACAGUAAUCAGUGCAUACUACAGCAUUCAAUACAUUAAAUGGUCCUUCGAGCCGGAUCUAUAACCACUUUAGCAAUGAUGUCCAGAACUAGUGAGGGAGUUAUAGAGCCAGAGGUUGUACGCCCACGUAGAGUAAUAAGACGGCCAACACAUUUGCGUGAUUAUGAGGUUAGCUAUCCACAGAAACAGCUUGCAUUUGCAGAUGAGCAGUCUGAUAUGCUCAGUUGUAUGCGUGAACUGAGAGAGGAAAAUAGACGAAUGAGGCAAGACAUGCAACGCUUAUCUGAUAUGAUUGUUAACUCUUCUGUGUUAGCUUCCCAGGUUUCAUUAUCUGAUCAACAGCUUUUGAAUGAAGGAGCAGUGGUGUCAUCUACACCAAAGUCUAUUAGUAUGCAGGAGUCAGUUAAGGGCGAUGGAAACUCUAGCCAGACAGAACAUACUCCUUUGGUGCCACCUAGAGAUGAAUCCCUCCUUACAGUUCGCAGUCGUGAGCAAGAGCUCAUUGAAGAGCUUACAGACAGUCUACAGAGAGUAGGUCGGCUUAGUGAUAGUCCGCCUAAUUCAGGUAUGUCGACCCCUUCGUAUAAUGAUCCACAUAGUAGUAAGAAUGACUUGCCACGGUAUGAUCACUAUUAUGAUGCUAAUGUUCCUCUGCGGCCACCUCAUUUAUCUGAUAUUCGUCAGCAAUAUCCAGAUGACCCACCAGUGUUGCGGUCCACUAUGCCUCCUCAUGAUGUUUAUUAUCAUCCAGCAACGGAUCCUUACCAUCGCCGCUUAAAUGAGCAUCUGCAGAAGGAUGUCUUCACAGAUCGUUUCGAUCAUUCUCCAAAUGAUUGGAGGCAAGAGUACAGUCGAAAUAAUAGACCGUUACGUACAUCAGAUCAUUCUCACCAUUCCCUUGGAAAUUCUGAGCUUCCUCGUCCUGUGCAUUCACCCCCAAUGCAAUAUCGAGGGCCGACUCCUACAAUUCCCGAUUUCGGUCGGGAUGAUCCCCGAGAGUUUUCCCGUCUUAAGCUUGCAUUAAACAAUGUUCUUCCUGAAGACGCUUCUGAGUCGUUUAAGUUCCAAAUACUUAUGGACCACCUUAAGCUGGAAGACGCUUUACUUGUCGCUGACUCAUAUAGUCACAGUCGUACUCCAUUCAGUGACACUAUGAGAGCGCUCACUGAUAUGUAUGGGCAGCCACAUCAAUUGGCACUGCAAAGGAUCACUAAUCUGAUGGAUGGGCCCAAUAUCAGGAGCGGGGAUGUGAAGACUUUUAAGGCAUUUGCCCUUCGUGUCCGAGCACUGGUUGGAAUGUUAAAUCAAUUAGGUAGCACAGGUUGGACUGAACUGAAAUGUGGCUCACAUGUUUCUCGUCUCUUAGCUAAAUUGCCGUAUGACCUAAGAGCUAACUUCAAGAGAUUCAUUAACCCCCUUCAGACACCUAUUCCAACUCUGAUUGAUUUCGCAGAAUGGCUGGAAUAUGAGGUUCGCGUGCAGGUAGAAGGAACACAGUAUGGGUCCUAUUUUGAGCAUGCAAAACACAGUGUUCACAAAGACAAGCGAACUGGUUUUGUUCCCCGAAAGCCAACUACUGUCCUACAUGGUAAAGAGCAGAAAGUAGGAUCAGUAGAGCUACCAAAGACUGAAUGCAUGGACUCAGAAAGACCACAGGAGAAGCUGAAAAAAUAUUGUCCGUUCUGUAACACAAUUCAACACUAUAUGAAUCAGUGCUCUAACUUCAAACUCUUAACUAAAGAGCAAAUUGAAAGUUGGAUCAGAACAGGACAUAGAUGUUGGCGUUGCGGACGAGGGCAUUCUUCCUCUAAAUGUACGUUAAAGGCGAAAUGCAAACGGUGUGAAAGGAGGCAUCUUGAUGUUCUUCAUGAAGUCAAUGCCAACGUUGAUGUGAUGAGUAAAAGUAAUAACCGGACAUCGGAGGAAAGUUCAGUAAGCCCUACUUCUCAGGCAUUAUACUUGGAUCGACCUACGAGUAGCAGGCAAGUGCUACUGAAGUUAAUUCGAGUAAUCAUUCAGAAUGGGGAUAAGUCAUUAGAAACCUACGCUGUGCUAGAUGACGGAUCUGAGCGAACUAUUUUGUUGAAUGAAGCUGCUCAACGUCUAGACCUUCAGGGUGAAAUUGAAGAUCUGGCUCUGCGAACAGUGAGGCAGGAUGUCCAUACCAUUCAUGGAAGAUCAGUAUCUUUCUUUAUAGCCCCUGUUUCACACCCUGACAGAUCUUACCCAGUCAAGGGUGCAUUCACCGCAAAAGAGCUAGCCCUGGUUCAGCAUACUUACCCCAUCUCUGACUUGCAAAGAAGAUAUCACCAUCUCCGUGACUUACCUUUGCACGACAUCCAUGAAGCGCAGCCCUUGGUACUUAUCGGCUCAGAUUAUCCUCACUUGAUAACCCCUGUUGAGCCAGUGAGAUUAGGUCCUCCUGGAGGUCCAGCGGCGGUUCAUACAAAGCUCGGCUGGACAUUGCAAGGUCCCUCAAGGCUUAUUAAACCUCACUUGCAGGCUCAAGAAUGUUUAUUCAUUUCUUGUGUUUCUCCUGAAGCUGAGCUAUUCCGUCAAGUCGAAAAGCUUUGGCAACUGGAUACUCUUCCUUAUCAAUCUGAGAAAGUGGUCAGUCGAUCACGACAGGAUGCAGAAGCUAUUCGCCUCCUAGAGGAGAAAACCAUCAGGAUUGAUGUGAAUGGGGUAAAAAGGUACGCCACGCCUCUACUCUGGAAAGAGUUGCCUCCGCCUCUGAAUGCACCCAAGGAGGCUGUCAUGGCCCUGCUACGCAGCACAGAGCGAAAGUUAUCUAGAGAUCCUAGUAUGGCUGCCUCUUAUGAAUCAGAAAUUCAGAAACUGCUGCAGGCAGGUUACGUCACACCGUUGACAGCUGCAGAAUGUGAUCGGAGUUCCCAGUCAUGGUACAUACCACAUCAUAUGGUUCAUCACAAUGCAAAGAACCGUAUUGUCUUCAAUUGUUCUUUUGAGUACCAGGGUCAGUCUUUGAAUGAACAUCUCUUGCCCGGUCCUACCUUAAGUGCCAGCUUGUUGGGAGUUCUCAUCCGCUUUCGAGAACAUUCUGUGGCCAUCUGUAGUGAUGUGAAGGGUAUGUUCCAUCAAAUCCGUCUCCUUGAUGAAGAUAAACCCUUCCUUCGCUUUCUGUGGCGUCAUGGGAAUACAUCUGAACCGGCCAUUGUGUAUCAGUGGCAAGUUCUGCCAUUUGGCACUACGUGUAGCCCUUGUUGUGCUACUUACGCACUUCAGUCCCAUGCCAAGGUGGAUCUCGAAGGUACUGAUGAAGUACGUCAAACGGUGGAGCGUAGCUUCUAUGUUGACAAUUGUCUUAAGAGUGUCUCUACUGAAGCCCAAGCUAUAGAGCUGGUAAACCGAUUGCAGGGCCAUCUUAUGAACGGUGGAUUCGAAUUGAGGCAAUGGGCCAGUAACAUCCCUGAAGUUAUUCACCACCUUCCUGCUGAGUUAAAGUCAAAGAGUGGGGAGAUUUGGCUAAGUCAAGAAAUGACCAACCCUCAGGAGAAUGCUCUUGGAUUGAUAUGGCAAUGUAGAUCAGACACAUUGGUAUACAAAUCGUACCAGAAAGAUGAAGGUGAAAUUACAAUGCGGAGCAUCUAUCGCACUUUAGCCAAGCUUUAUGACCCCCUUGGAUAUCUCAUUCCGUAUACCACCAGAGCCAAAAUUGUUGUGCAGUUGUUGUGGGAUAAAAAACGAGGAUGGGAUGAUCCUAAUUUACCAUUGGGCCUACUAGACAUUUGGCAUCAGUGGGAGAGCGAGCUGCCACAAUUGUCUCAGAUCCACCUACCAAGAUGCUACAGUUCCAGCCUUCAGUAUCCUGUCAAGAGCCGCAGUGUUCAUGUGUUUUGUGAUGCUUCUGAAAAGGCAUACGGCUCUGUAGCAUACUUGUGCUCUGAAGACAGUCAGGGUAAUAUGCAUGUUGCCUUCAUGGCAGCAAGGUCAAGAGUCGCUCCACGGAAACAAAUCUCCAUAGCUCGUUUAGAGCUUUGUGCUGCAUUGACAGGAGCACAACUAGGAGACGUCUUGAAGAAAGAGCUGACCUUAGAUAUCUCCAAAUUCAUCUAUUGGUCUGACUCCACUACAGUUCUUUCUUGGCUGCAGUCUGAUUCUUGCAGAUACCGAGUGUUUGUAGGAGUUAGAGUCACCGAAAUCCAAGAGUUGUCUGACCCUGGAGCUUGGCGCUAUGUCGAUUCAGCAGCCAAUCCUGCUGAUGAUAUCACGCGUGGGUUAUCACUGGUUCAACUAGCUAAAGAAACACGAUGGAAACAAGGACCAGCCUUCUUAAUGCAGUCUAGCAGUUGUUGGCCUAAGCCACCAGAAGGACAGGCCCCUGAAGAAGUUCAGGAACUUAAGAAAUCUGUGUUUUGCGGCUCAUUGACUGAACAUAAACUGCAAGUUGAACCUGAUCCCAAUAAAUUUAGUAGCUAUCCUGAUUUACUAGAGGCUACAGCACGAUUCCUUCAUGGGGCGGCUGAUAACACUGAUUCACUCAGUGCAGAUGCGUUUCAGAAGGCAGAAUUGUCUAUCCUUAGACAAUGUCAGAUGCAUGACUUUCCUGACGAAUUUGCUUUACUCAAGGGAGGAAAAGACAUUUCUGUACAUAGCCGACUCAUUAAGCUUGCUCCUGAAUAUGACAAAGAACAAGACUUGAUUAGAGUAGGAGGACGACUUCGUAGGUGCCAUGGAUUGAGUGAUGCAGUUCUACACCCUAUUGUUCUGUCACAAGAUCAUCCAGUAGUUAAACUCCUAAUAAAACAUUAUGAUGAUCAACUGCACCACCCGGGAGCUGGCAGGGUGUAUGCUGAGCUGCGGCGUAAGUUUUGGAUUUUGCGAGGAAGAGAGGCAAUUAAAAGACAUCAGCACCACUGUCUUGAUUGUAAUAAAUGGAGAGGCAAACCAAAGAUUCCUAGAAUGUCAGACUUACCCACAUCAAGUCUGAGGUUAUGUAGACCCCCCUUUUACUCCACCGGAGUAGAUUGUUUUGGACCACUGUUAGUGAAGGUUGGCCGCCGUACUGAGAAAAGGUGGGGUGUCGUAUACAAGUGCCUCACUACUCGAGCUGUACAUCUUGAUCUGUUGGAUCACAUGGAUGGAGAUUCAUUCCUGCUGUCUCUCAGGCGUUUUAUUGCCCGAAGAGGGAAACCCUAUGAGAUUCUCUCUGAUCAGGGAACAAAUUUUCGAGGUGGAUGUAAAGAGCUGGAGGACACUUUCUCCCAUAUGCAGACCAGCAUUAGAGACCAGCUAGCAAAGGAACAAAUCAGAUUCAAGUUUAAUCCACCCAGUGCGCCUCAUUUCGGCGGCUCAUGGGAAAGAGAAGUGAGGUCUGUAAAGACAGCCUUAAGAAUCACCUUAGGUGCUCAGACCGUUACUGAGGAGGUAUUGAGAACCAUCUUGAUCGAGGUGGAGGGCAUUCUUAAUUCUAGACCCUUGGGUUAUGUCUCUAGCGACAUAGCAGAUCCAGACCCAGUAACGCCAAAUUCUUUACUGAUGGGGCGGCCUGACUCCUCCUUGCCCCAAGUUGUCUAUUCAGACCAUGAAUUACUCAGUAGAAAAAGAUGGAGACAUAGUCAGGUUCUGAGUGAUCAUUUUUGGAAGCAUUUUAUUCACGACUUCCUACCCACAUUGCAGUCAAGGCAGAAAUGGUACAGAGAGAAAGAGAAUAUUGCAGUUGGCACUGUAGUACUCAUUGUUGAUGAGCAGAUCCCAAGAGCGCUCUGGAGAGUUGGUACUGUCUCUGCUGUCAUUCCUAGUUCAGAUGGGAGAGUCAGAACAGCAGUGGUCAAAGUGAAAGAUCAAACGUACACAAGACCAGUAGCUAAGUUGAUUGAAUUGCCUUCCUUACCCCCAGACACAGAAAGUUCCUUAUAGACCCUACUAAUGGCAAAUUUGCAUACCAAAUUUGGGGGCGGCUGUGCAAAAGGUCAUGGUCAAGUUACAUUUAUUUUAAUAUUAUAGUCGUUUAGUAUUCUGUUCAAGUGUUGCGCCUGUUGAGUGGGCGGAGUUUAAUCGGAAGUCUCGCGAGUUUGGUGAAAAUAGCGUGAGAUCAGAUAUACGGCAAUGGAGAAAAAGAAGGAAGAAAUGCGGUCCAUGUUAGUAUUGUAAAUUCAUGCGGCAAGUUGGAUUAAAGCCAUCAAGCUAUAGAUUGAUAAUAUAGCUCUCAGCUGGUGAGCAGUUUGGCAUUUCAGAUGUGAUGGGCGGCCGAUGUUGUGUGAUCGCUUCAGAAGUUGCUGGAAUUAUAUGGUGAAUAUCAGCGCGUGCGUCAUUGCAGAACGUAAGUGUUUAUAUCAUAUUAUUCAGUCUAAUAAUCAUCGUUUGAUAUGCUGCUAGAUGCAUCAAUAAGAUAUUUCUUCAGUUAUAAGAGAACAGCUGUUAUAUUAUGCUUUUAUCAUAUGUUUUCGAUGUCUCUCGCGUUUAAUCAUGUGAAGUGAUAAUGACACAACACUUUGUUGUACAAAAUGUAACAGAGACUAAUUGAGUUUAUUUGUUUCAUUAUAGAACCACAUGUUUAUCCACGUUUGGCCAGCGGACUUUAAUCACACAAACCCAACACACACACUGAAUAUCGCAGCACACGAAGCUACCGGCCUCACUGUUAUCACCACAUCAUAUUAACCCUAUCAGUAUCAAACAAAGAUCCCUACUAACAUACCGUUUGUUCAAGUUCCAAAUGUGAUGACAUCACGUCUGAGGAUCGACGUCUGAAGAUAUCUGUGCCUUCCUUUCAUUAAGUGGACAUUCUCUGGAAACCUGGGACUUGUUGGGACUGAGUAUUCUCAAUAACACAUUUCACUGCCUUAAAUCAACAUUAUUGUAUCUUUUUAUUUAAAGAACAUUGUUGUUUUAUUGUUUUGGUUAUUUUGCGUAGGCCUACGCUGUUUUAUUGUGUCAUUUACAUUGUGUUAACAUUGUGAGAAAAUAAUUCAUUUUUUCAUUAAUACAUUGAGUUAAUUGGA